UAUUGUCGGUAUGGAUCAAUUGGGACUAACGAGGGAUUGCUUGCAGGACUACAUCUCGGAUCAUCUCUGGAAAGCUUCCGGAAACUACUGAACCCUUUCUCAAACACCAACCGUACACUCUUCUACUUUAAAACACUUGACAUAACAUGUUCGCUGCCCGAAUCUUCAAGGCAAUGCCCGCCAGGGCCUCUGCCUUCCCUUCCGUGAAUGCUUCUAUCCAGUCUCGGUUCAUGGCCACUGUGCGCAACGGUCGCGUUGCCCAUGAGCGUGCCACCUUCACGAUCCGAGAUGGUCCUAUCUUCCACGGGAAGUCGUUCGGAGCUCGCUCCAACAUCUCCGGCGAGGCUGUCUUCACGACUUCCCUGGUUGGAUACCCCGAGUCCUUGACUGACCCCUCCUACCGUGGUCAGAUCCUGGUCUUCACCCAGCCCCUGAUUGGCAACUACGGUGUUCCCUCGACCGAGAAGGACAAGCACGGCCUUCUUAAAUACUUUGAGUCUCCUCAUCUCCAGGCUGCUGGUGUUGUGGUUGCCGAUGUGGCUGAGCAAUACAGCCAUUGGACCGCCGUCCAGAGCCUUGGCGAAUGGUGUGCUCGUGAGGGCGUCCCUGCCAUCUCCGGUGUUGACACCCGUGCCAUUGUCACCUACCUGCGUGAGCAGGGUUCUUCUCUGGCCCGUAUCACUGUUGGUGAGGAAUACGACGCCGACCAGGAUGAAGCUUUCGUGGACCCUGAGCAGAUCCACCUCGUCCGUCAGGUCAGCACCAAGGCCCCCUUCCACGUGAGUGCCGCCGAUCCUCAGUGCCACGUUGCCGUCAUCGAUUGUGGUGUCAAGGAGAACAUUCUCCGUAGCUUGGUCAGCCGUGGAGCCAGUAUCACUGUGUUCCCCUACGACUACCCUAUCCACAAGGUUGCCCACCACUUCGAUGGUGUCUUCAUCUCCAACGGCCCUGGUGACCCUACCCACUGCCAGGAGACCGCCUACCACCUGCGCCGCUUGAUGGAGACCUCCCAGGUGCCCAUCUUUGGUAUUUGCUUGGGACACCAGCUGUUGGCCCUUGCUAUUGGUGCUCGUACCGUCAAGCUCAAGUACGGUAACCGUGCCCACAACAUUCCCGCUUUGGACAUGAGCACUGGUCGUUGCCACAUCACCAGCCAGAACCACGGUUAUGCCGUUGAUGCUUCGACUUUGCCGUCCGACUGGAAGCCCUACUUCGUGAACUUGAAUGACUCUAGCAAUGAGGGUAUGAUCCACAAGACCCGUCCCAUCUUCAGCACUCAGUUCCACCCCGAGGCCAAGGGCGGCCCGCUCGACUCCUCCUAUCUGUUCGACAUCUACCUUGACAGCGUGCGCAAGUACAAGGCUAGCCAGUCGGCUUUCCACCCCACUCGGGAUAGCAUGCCUAGCCCUCUCUUGGUCGAUCUCCUUGCUAAGGAGCGUGUUGGCGUGCAGCCCACCAUUGGCAUGCAGAAUGUGGCCGCCGCCGCUGCUGCUGCCGCCUAAAAAAUUGUCGUCAUGGGUUUGGUCUUUUGUGCGUGGAGUUUGGGUUAAUGGGUUAUGUGAAUGUCAUUCAAUUCAGGUUAAUAUUUAGUAUGGUUCAUAUGGGUCUAUUUAGCAAUUGAAAAAACUUGCUGUUCAAACUUGCAGUAUUUUGAGCAUCGUGUAAAUGCUACUGAAUGUUGUGUAAACACUAA